AUGGAGUUGAACGAAGAUGAGAAAGCAAUGUGGGAUGUUGGGGUCUUCGAUGCACAUUGCCACCCGACCGACAUCAUGGCCUCUGUCCAGGAUAUUGCUAAGAUGCACGCACGUGUUCUGACAGUCAUGGCCACGCGACGAGAAGAUCAGCCAUUGGUCGUGGACUCGGCGAAGAAGUACUUGCUAGAAGACAAGGUCCAGUACGACAGCGAAAACUAUCGAGGUGUAGUGCCGGCUUUCGGUUGGCACCCGUGGUUUUCGCACCAGAUGGUCGAUGACAGGGGCGCUCAGCCCCACGACCAAAUCGACAUUAUCAGUCACUACAAAUCUGUCCUGAUUCCACAGCCGGACGGCGAUGAUGAAUUUCUUCGAAGCAUCCCCAAGCCACUUUCGCUCAGCCACUAUCUGCAGGCGACCGCUCAGAGAUUAGAGCAAUUCCCUUUUGCGCUUGUAGGUGAGAUUGGGCUCGAUCGCGCGUUUCGACUGCCCAAAGGAGAAUUUCUCAAUCCUGACGAAGUGCUCGAGAAGACUAAGAGUACUGUCCAAGAGCAUACACCGGGCUCGCGCGAGGGCAGGCCGCUCACACCAUAUCGGGUGAACCUUGAGCAUCAGAAAGCGAUACUGAAGGCACAACUUCAGCUCGCUGGCAAGUAUCGGAGGCCGGUCUCCGUUCACAGUGUGCAGACGCACGGGGUUGUCUUCGACUUGCUGUCUGAGCUAUGGGAGGGUCAUGAACGACUGUCGAAACGACAGCGGAAGAGACGCCAAAGCAAUAGCAACACCGAGGCGAAGAGUGAUGUGAUGGAGGUCGACGAUGCCGAAAAGCCGCUUCCAUAUCCACCGCGCAUCUGUAUGCACUCUUACUCCGGUCCUCCGGAGGCUCUGAAGCAGUACCUCGGAAACACCGUACCGGCCGACGUGUACUUCUCAUUUUCGAUUUGCAUCAACUUCUCAACACCAGCAGCAGCGAAGGCAGAGACGGUGAUCAGAGCUGUUCCUGCUGAGAGAAUACUGGUGGAGAGUGACCUGCACUGCGCUGGCGACCGAAUGGAUCAGCUGCUGAAAGAGAUCGUGGUGAAGAUCUGCGAGAUUCGUGGAUGGGGGCUCGAGGAGGGUGCUAGGCAGCUGAAGCAAAACUGGGAGAAGUUCGUUUUUGGAUGA